AUGAAUGAAAAUUUCUUAACACUUGAAUCAUUAUCAAAUGAAAUCCUAAUCAAUAUAUGCAAAUAUUUAAAUACUUCAGAUAUUUUUCAAUCAUUUUAUAAUCUCAAUUUUCGUUUUAAUACUUUAAUACAAUCUCUCAAUAAUCUUCAACUUACUAUUUCCGAAGAUAAUCAAUAUAUUGAUAUUAAUCUUCUUUUUCCUUAUAUUCAUAGUCUAAUCACAAUUGGUGACGUUAAUAUUAAUCUUCAUCAUUUUAAAAAUAUUCGUCAUCUUAUUCUACAUCAUCCAACAAAUAAACUAUUAAAACAACUCGUUAUUAAUGAUUUAUCUUAUUUAGAAUAUCUUUCAAUACCAGAUAUUUUAUUUGGUAUGUCAUCUAUUUAUCAAAAAAUAUUUUCUAAUAAAUUUCCUAAUUUAAAAUUUUGUAAUUUAUUUGGAUUUGAAACAAUUGAAACAAUUUUAAAAUGGACACAAAUAUCAUCAUUACGUAUUUUAAAAAUUGGUUUAAUUGAUUUUCAUGUUUAUAAAGCUAUUUUAUUAGCAUGUCCUAAUUUAUAUUAUUUACAAUUAAAAAUGUUUCAAUCUUAUUUAAAACUUUCACAUAUUCAAACACAUUCAAAUCUUAAAAAACUUGAAAUUUAUAGUGAAAUAAAUGAUUGGUUUUAUAAUGAUCAAUUAAUUGAUAUUUUUCUUGGAUGUGUAUCUAAUCUUGAACAAUUAAGUAUUUAUCGAUCAAUAUCAAUUUCAAAAAUUAUAGAUCUUAUUCCUGAUUAUGAUUGGUUUGCAUCAAUAAUUUCUAUACGUUUACCAUUAUUAAAAUAUUUUAUUCUUUGUUUACAUAUAGAAUAUCAUUUAGAAUUUAUUGAAUUUAUAAGUACAGAAACACGUCGUCAAUUGAGAAAAUUCUUUUUAAAUGCUCAUAAAAAUCGGUAUCAAUCACGAUUUAUAAUUAAAUGA